AUGUGUUUGAGCUCUUAUCAUUCACGACAGCGUCAUAAUUUAGGGGCCUAUGUAUCAUGUAUCUGCUUGUACUGCUCCAUGGGUUCGGCUAUGUUCAUUAACUGGGAAAGUUCAUGGUCUUUUAUCCACGCUUUCCACUUUGGUUUCAACCUCAUUGUCACCGUCGGUCUUGGCGAUAUCGUGGUCGUUGAUUACAUUUUUCUGUCACUUAUUGUCGCAUUUGUUAUCGUUGCAUUGUUCGAUGAACAGCCAUCAUAA